AUGGAGUCCAUGUUUGAGGAUGACAUCAGUAUCCUGACCCAGGAAGCCCUGGGCCCCGGUGAGGUGUGGCUGGACGCUCCCGGAGACCCGUCGCUGGGGGGAGACAUGUGCUCCGCCUCCCACUUCGCCCUCAUCACGGCCUACGGCGACAUCAAGGAGCGUCUGGGGGGCCUGGAGCGGGAGAACGCCACGCUUCGGCACCGCCUCAAAGUUUAUGAGAUCAAGUACCCACCGCUGAUCAACAACUUCGGAGAGGAGCACGGCUUCUCCCUGUAUGAGAUCAAGGAUGGCUCCCUGCUGGAGGUGGAGAAGGUCAGCCUGCAGCAACGGCUCAACCAGUUCCAGCGUGAGUUGCAGAAGAACAAGGAGCAGGAAGAGCAGCUCGGAGAGAUGAUCCAGGCUUACGAGAAGCUCUGUGUGGAGAAGAGCGACCUGGAGACGGAGCUUGGGGAGAUGCGGGCCCUGGUGGAGACCCACCUGCGGCAGAUCUGUGGUUUGGAGCAGCAGCUGCAGCAGCAGCAAGGCCUGCAGGACACGGCGUUCUCCAGCCUGAGCCCCCCGCCGGCCCCCGCCCCGCCCUGUGCGGACCUGGACCUGCACUAUCUGACUCUGAGAGGGGGCUCUGGCUUGAGUCACGCAGGCUGGCCGGGCCCCGCGCCGAGCGGGAGCGAGCUGGAGCGGCAGCGCCUGGAGGAGGCCCUGGAGGCUGCCCAGGGGGAGGCGCGGGGGGCUCAGCUCCGGGAGGAGCAGCUCCAGGCCCAGUGCGAGCGGCUGCAGGAGGAGCUGAAGCAGCUGCAGGAGACCCGGGCCCAGGACCUGGCCUCCCACCAGUCGGAGCGGGAGAUGGCGUGGGUGAAAAGGGUCGGAGACGAUCAGGUGAACUUGGCGCUGGCUUACACGGAGCUGACGGAGGAGCUGGGCCGGCUGCGGGAGCUGAGCGCCCUGCAGGGCCGCAUCCUGAGGACGCUGCUGCAGGAGCAGACGCGGGGCGGCCAGAGGCACUCGCCGCUGUCGCAGCGCCACUCCCCGGGCCCGCAGUGCCCGUCGCCGUCCCCGCCCGCGCGAGCCGUGCCGCCGUGCCCGCCGUGCCAGUCCCCCGCCCCGCAGCGCCGCUCACCGGGCCCCCCGUGCCCCUCGCCCCAGCAGCGCCUCUCGCCCGCCUCGCCCUCCUGCCCGUCGCCGGGCCCGCAGCGCCGCUCGCCGGGGCCGCCGUGCCAGUCGCCGGGCCCGCAGCGCCGCUCGCCGGGGCCGCCCGCCGGCCCGGCCCCGCCGCCCCGGCCGCCGCCGCCGCUGCCGCCGCCCGCCGAGCGCGCCUACGCCAAGCCGGGCAGCCAGCUCGCCAAGGCCGGCUUCCAGGCCCGCCGCAGCUACUCGGAGCGGGCCGAGGGCGCCUACGCGGGCGCCGCGCCGCCCUGGCUGCAGGCCGAGGCCGCCACGCUGCCCAAGCCGCGCGCCUACGGCGCCGCCGAGCUCUACGGGCCCGGCCGGCCGCUCAGCCCGCGGCGCGCCUUCGAGGGCCUCCGCCUGCGCUUCGAGAAGCAGCCGUCCGAGGAGGACGAGUGGUCCGCGCCGCCCAGCCCGCCCAGCCCCGAGGCGGGCGCCGUCCGCUGCUCCUCCUUCUGCGCCGGCUUCCCCGUCCCCGAGGCGCCCGCCGCCGCCGCCUACGCCCACGCCGAGCACGCGCAGUCCUGGCCGUCCAUCAACCUGCUGAUGGAGACCGUGGGCUCCGACGUCCGCAGCUGCCCGCUCUGCCAGCUGGGCUUCCCCGUCGGGUACCCGGACGACGCCCUCAUCAAACACAUUGACUCCCACCUGGAGAACAGCAAGAUCUAG